AUGGGAUCCGGGGCAAGUUCUGCCAACGCGCAUCCCGCGAUGCGUCUGCGGCAGGAGUACUUGAAAGGGGUGGUCCCAACGUGCGAAGAGCUGUACAAGGCCAUGCAGCGGCAUCUCAUCAAAGACCGACCAUCGGAGAGGCUUGGUUUGAGGAGCGCCGGCAAGCCGAAAGAGUCCCUGGCACCUACCGCACCUCCGGCGCAGUUGGGCGAGGCUCUUCCAUUUGAUGAAGAUGAAGACAUGAAGCCAGUGUGGUCCUCGAUGGACUCGACAACCUGGAGGACACGCUAUCGGAAGGGUCAGUCCAUGCCACCGGAUCGCCGGCUCCAGGAAGCCUAUCUCCUUGAGCCUCGGUAG